AUGGAGCUGACUCCAAUGGAGCGUCAGGUAGCAGAACAUUUGGUCGAUACAAUAACAUCACUAUCAAACUGUGGAAAAGUUCAUUAUGAGGAUGAGACAAUUUUAGAUCUCGGUGAAAUGUCGGAUGAGUAUGAUAGCGAGAAUGAAGAAAUUGACGAAGACGAGCCCACUGGUGUUGAGAUCAGUGAAGAAGUAGGCGACCUCAUAUUAUUAUCAUUAUUAUUUCUACUUCGACGAAAUUAUAAUCAGUUUGCAUCUAAAUUAAGAGAAAAACCAAGUUAUUUUUUAUGGUGUGUAACACUGAUUAUAAAACUAAUUGGUUGGUCUAAAGAAGAGUAUGUUCUUCGUACAAAUCACUUAAAAUCAGAUACUGAUGGCUAUUUAAAUGAUAAUGAUAUACCUGUUCGUACAAAAUCAAGACCAGAAAUGCUGCGUGGUACACCACAUCGUCAUUUAUCUCAACAUGCACCAGACGAUAUUAUGAAUGAAAUGAACAAGUAUAUUGAAUCUAUAACUAUUCCAAGGUAUGGUGGACAAACAAUAAAUAAUAAUUUAUUGCUACGUGGCCCAUCAGCCUUAGAAUUCACAGGUGCUGACGGUAUUUUUCUACCGAAUAUCGAAGAUAAUACAAAAAUUACACAUGGUGAAGUUGCACAUAUACAUUCAAAUGAUGGUUCAUUUCAUAUGAUUUUGCAUCCAAAUGAUACAAAAUUAUUAAUAGGAAAACAAUGGGGAGAACUUUUCCCUUUAGCUGGUCUAAAUUUUAUGGGUUUCCGUUUACCAGAUACAUACACAUUGAUCUAUGCACCACAAAAUGAAAUUGAUGUAAAAAUAUGGAAAAAGAUAUUAAAUGCUUGUAUUAAAUAUAAUCAAGAAUAUAAAAAGCAAUUACAUUGA